GAAAAAAUGUCUCCAGUAGUCCAACACUCGUUGCAUGCUCUUCCCCUACAACUCACUCCAACCCUCUCUCUUCUACUCCUACUCCUGCUCCUGCUCCUGCUCCUCAUUCUUCUCCUCUUGUACACAGUUGUAGCUACAAGUCUUGCAAGUGGAAACAACCUCCUCCCUCCAUCCCCAUGGAGGCUCCCCUUCAUAGGCAACCUGCACCAGCUAGCCGGCCCCCUUCCGCACCGCUCGCUCCGCCGCCUGUCGGCGCGGCACGGCCCGCUGAUGCUCCUCCGGCUGGGCCGCGUCCCCACCCUCGUCGUCUCCUCCGCGGCGGCCGCCCGCGAGGUCUUGCAGACGCAGGACGCCAUCUUCGCCGGCCGCCCCUCUCUGAAGGUGCCGUCGCAGCUCCUGUACGGCUGCACUGACGUCGCGUUCGCGCCGCACGGCGACUACUGGCGCCACGCGAGGAAGGCCUGCGUCCGCCACCUCCUGAGCCCGAAACAGGUCUGCUCCUACCGGCUCACACGAGAGCAGGAGGUGCACCACAUGAUCCAAAGCAUUACUCAUCAUCAAAACUCACCGUCAUCUUACGUCGUUCCUGCUCCUCCUUCCUCCUCUAGUGAUCAUGGGGUGGCGAUGAUCAUCAACUUAAGCGAGGUUUUGAGCUCCUUUGCGAAGGAUGUGGUUGGUAGGAUAGUGCUGGGGAGGUGCACCAGAGAUGAUGAGGGGUGGAGCCACGCAGUGGACGUGUUGGUGGAGGAGUGCAAUGAGCUGCUCGGGAGGUUCCACGUGGGGGAUUAUUUUCCAUUUUUGGCGUGGUGGGGAUCCAUUAAUGGGUUGGAUAAGAGGGUUAGAGAAGCGUUUACGAGGAUUGAUGGGAUUCUUGAGGAGGUUGUUGCGGGGAGGAGAAGAGAAGUAAUGAGUGGGAAUAAUAAUGGUGGGUGUUUUGUUGAUGUGUUGCUUGGGCUCCACAAUUAUGAUCGUACAAGAGGAGGAGAAGGAGAAGGAGAGUUCUCUUUUAGCAAGGACAAUAUUAAGGCACUCUUAGAGGACUUGUUUGGCGCUGGAACCGACUCAACCAUCAUAGUCCUCGAAUGGGCGAUAGCGGAACUCAUCAGAAACAACAAGGCUAUGGAGAGGCUCCAAAAUGAGUUAAGAGGAUCGAUUCACAACACAAAAACCAUGAUCAAAGAGGAUGAUCUAAUCAAAAUGAGCUACUUAAAAGCAGUCAUAAAAGAAACAAUGAGACUGCACCCACCCGGGCCUCUACUGGUGCCAAGAGAGCUGAUGCAGAGUACACAACUGCAUGGUUACAACAUUCAUAGCAAAACUAGGGUUAUCAUCAAUGCUUGGGCAAUUUGUCGAGACCCCGAAUCUUGGGCGAACCCCAAAGAGUUCCGGCCUGAGAGAUUCAUCGGUAGCUCUUUGGAUUUCAGAGGGCGCGAUUUCGAGCUUAUUCCGUUCGGCGCGGGGCGGAGGAUUUGCCCGGGGAUUAACUUCGCGGUGUUGAUUGUUGAACUCGCGCUCGCGAACCUCGUGUAUUGCUUUGAUUGGAGAUUGCCGGAAGGAAUGACAAGCGAGGAGAUUGAUAUGGAUGAAGCGCCCGGCAUUACCUCGCGAAAGAGAGUUAGUCUAUGCCUUGCUGCAACACCUCGAUCAUACUAGAUAAUCAAUUCUUGACCUUUUUUUCGGCUCACAAACAAAGAUUUUUUUAUCACUAGAUAAAUAAUAUUCAAAGUGUUACCGACCGUCUCUAGAGCAUGUGGCAAAGGAUUUGGUGGUU